AUGACACCAAUUGUGGUGUUUUUCUUGAUUGGCUUGGCGGAGGGGCAGGGGUGGAGGCCGUGGGAUCGAUUCAACAACAAUUUCGGUAACUCUGGAAACUGGGGCGGUGGCGGCGGAGGUGACCAUCGAGGAGGGCCUCCACCACCGGGUCCAAGAGACGUUCCACCGCCAAUUCCACCACCAGGAUUUCCACAUGGCGGAGGACCAGAACCAUUUUCGCAUGGAGGUUUGAGAGUUUGAUGUAGGCUAGUUUAAUGAUUAGUGCGUGAUCUUUUCAGUUCAAAACAUAAUAAAGAUCACAGAGAUUAUUGAGCCAGCGAGAAAAGGACUUGGAGGACUAGGUGAUGUGCUCUCCGACUUCAAGGUUUGACUUGAUUUUUUAAAACAAUGUUUUAAAAUACAUUAUUUUUCAGGAUUUUCACAACAAACGCAAGAAAUUCUCGAACAGAGAAUGGAAAGGAAAAGUGAAACAAUUCUGUCAUCGGUUCCCGGGACAUCCAAACUGCAGAAGAGGGACGAUUCCGGACCAGAAAGAACUUGAGGACAUGGUUGGACAGUUCUCAAGAGGAGGCAUCGGAAAGUUUUUAAGAAGAGUGCCAAAGUAAGGAUUAGACUGGGAAAAACAGAUAACAGCAUAACCAUUAACAUUCUAUCAGGAUUCAUAUCGAUGACCCACUUGCUCAUGUUGACCCAAAACUGCGAGAGUUUCUGGAUAAUGCUGGUCAUGGAUUUGGACAUCUCAGCUCGGAUCAUGUCAACAAAAUCAGAGUAUAUAUAGAACUUUGAGUGUCUAGCCUAAUCCCAAAUAUAAUUUUACAGGACAUUUGCAAAAAACGGAAAUGCAGAGAACAACCAGAAUCUGCCAAAAAGCUGAGAGAACUUUUCACUCAAAAGGUGCACUUUCUUGUUUGAUCGUUCCCAUCAGUUCUCUUUUCAGCUGACCGAUUUCGAAAACAAGUUCGCCACAAAAGACAAAUCCGACGUUGUCCAACUGCGAUUUGACAGAACUUUGCAGAUCAAGGAAGCACUUAUUGAGAAGGGUAAUCUGACUGCUGACGUGGCACCAGUUGACAAUGGAGUCUAUGACUUGGACACUAUGCUCACUGAAGAACAAGCUAAUAUUCUGUUAAAUGAGCUGAACAAGGCGGGAGUGGGAGAUGAAGAGAUCCCACUGCCUGAGUCUGAUGAUGACGAUGAUUCUGAUAAUGAGACCAAUUCCACAGACACAACUACUAAAGCUCCAGGCAAAAGAGCAAGAAAGUGAGUUGCAAUUUCUUUACCAGUUUUCAUGGACCUUUACAGAUCUGCGCUGUAUUUUGAAGGUAAUCUUAUCAAGAAAUGGGAUCCAAGUUCUCCAAUCAAAUAUGUGCUUGAUGACUCACUUGGUAAUCUAACAUCCACGCUGACCCAUUUUGUGACAUUUUUCAGAAGCCCUUGACAAGAACGAUGUGCGAGCAGCAAUUUACGAAAUCGAAAAGAACACGUGCAUUCGGUUCAAAGAACUCAGCUCCCCUCCAACUGGAUCUCACAUUGUCUACUACAAAGUCGACAGUCCCACUUUGUAAGAAGCCAUUCAGUAUAUUUAAAAGAAUAAAAUUAUGUUUCAGCUGUGGACUAUCCUAUGUCGGUCGAGCUGAUCCCGCUAACCCGGUCUACUUGAGUUUCGGAUGUGACAAUGUAAAGUUUCUCUUUGCUUUUCACUUUAAAACCUGAAAAGAUGGUUAUUUCAGAACAAAGGAGUAGCAAUUCACGAAACCAUGCAUGCUCUUGGAGUGGCUCACCAACAUCUCCGCACCGAUCGUGAUCAGUUCAUUACUAUCAACUGGAGCAACAUCGAUCCGCAGCAAUACGAUGCUUUUGUAGUUGUCGACUCGAAGCUCUACACUUCGUACGGAGUCAAAUAUGCCUAUGACAGCAUCAUGCACUACAAUGGUUACACUGCCGCUCAGAACAUUGCUAUUCCAACCAUGAACCCCAAAACGAACCCAGAAGUGAAUUUGAAAGUUUUGGGACAAAGAAAAAAGAUGGGUACUACGGAUAUUGAACUUUUGAAGAAAAUGUACUGCCAACCAGGUUACUUUUCUAGUUGGUGCCUCCAAAAAACAAUAUUUUUUAGGCUGUGAGGACAAAAACGUCUACUGUGGAGCGUGGGCUCUGAAAGAUCUGUGCAAGGCCACCGGCCAUGAUCAAUACAUGGCUGCUAACUGCAAGAAAAGCUGCAAUCUAUGUGCUGCUGGAUGA